UUGAAAUAUUAUAUUUGGUAACUAAUCAAAAAAUUCUUUAAUAUAAGUAUACUUAUGUGUAAAAAUUAAUUUAUGAAUAUUAAUUUAUGAGUCUCCAAAACUGUUUGAGUAAGUUUUUGUACACAGCAAAAACAAAAAAAAUAUUUGAAAGAGAAAGUUUAUGGCCACAUUUGGUUUCGGAAUCUGAAUCGUACCUUCAUGUUAGAGAGGGUAGACCUGAAAGUGGUUUCGUUUUCGUUUCGGAAAUUUAAAUAUAAUACACCAUUAAUUUAAUAAUAUUUUUCUUCAUGGUACUUCAUGGUCUACUUAUUGAAAAGUUUGCAUAGGUUCCUCAAGUUCUUUUAUUAACAGAUCUAGUUAGAAGAAAUCCAUUAUUUUUGCAUUGAAAUUGAAGGUUUUUUUUUUGAACAUAGUAAGACUGAUCCGAUUUUCACAGGCUUCUCUUGAGGCGAAUUUUUCACGGCGAAAUCAUCGCUAGAAAACGGCAGUUAUCACUCGAUAUCAGAUGCUUCCUACCUAUAAGGUGCAUGUAUAAGAACCUCUAAACACAGCGCUCGCAGCUUCUGUCGAGAUCGGUGUGUGUGUACUGGCGUUGUGUUGUUGUAAUUCAAUUCCUCUCCUAUUGGCUAAAGCUGGCCGCUUCUGGAUGAUUGCUUCCUUCAUCAGGUCCAAUUGUUGACAGUACAGGUCCCUGUCAAUCUCACCAAACUCAUUGUAAAACCUUUCUGACAGUCAAUUCUUGUUUGGUCACCAUUUUCGCGCCCUCACCGCCAUUCAGCAGCGAUUGGCAGAAUGAAAUUCAAUUCAUGAAGUUUUGUUGCGUUAACUCGUGUGAUAUACAUUUAUAGUAGCAUACUUUUAUACAUAUCUACACAGCGUUCAUAGACCCACAUGCCAAACAUGCCUUAGCAACAAUAAUUCAGAAUAAUAAUCCGCAUGGCAACAUUACAAAACAAGUUUAAAAAAAAUAAUAAUAUAAACUUGUAAUCGUCAAACAACGAAGUGAAGGAAGUCGAAAUAAUUUAGAACUCGUUGAUGAAUGAAAAAUGUUUUGGGGGCUUAGCGAAGCGCUUGAUCUGCACCAAGAAUAUUGCAAAGCGCUAAAACUACAACAACCACACGAGUAUGACGCCAAAAAGCAGGAAGAAGCCAACGAAGGAGAGCAAAAAUCGCAAACGCCUGGAGAUGUAUACAAAGGAGAGGCAGAAGGUGAGGCACUCAGCGCAGAAGAAGAAACGGACGCUGGUGGCGAUGCAACAGGCGCAGUUAAACAACUCAAUAUACUGCUCUUCGGUGCGGGUGAUCCGCGUCACAUCAUCAAAACAAUGGCCAAAAUGUACCGACACAAAGGCAGUCGUGUCAAUUUCUAUGUGCUCGAUGGUUGCAUAGAAAUCGUGGCACGAAAUAUGUUGCUGCUCGGUAUAGCGCUUGAGAAUCCGCAAUCUUUCCACUUAAUGCGAAAGGUGCAUCUCUUCAUGGACGUAUACGGCAAUGCGCUGCUGCGUCCCGCCUCACAUCAAUAUCUGAUAGGUAAAGCAAAAGCGAUGCUGAAAAUGAUCACCGACGAUGAAGAGCUGAAGCGUUUGGCACCGCAACUGAAUAUUGACCGACUAAGGUAUCGCGAGCGCGAUGGUUUGGCGAACGCCUUCAACUUUCUACUGCCACGCGAAGCUUAUAACUUCAAUAUGCAGCAGUAUUGGACCGAACGCGUACGCAAAUUGUUGACCACGCGUUAUGAUUAUCGCGAGGGCGCCUUCGAUUGGGAUUUGAAUAUGGUGUUGAAGGACAGGGACGCAGCGCAAAUAUGCUCGCAGGAAUAUCGCUAUUGGCGCGAAACGGGCAUCGCCUUUACUUACCCCGAAUAUGAGCAGUGCAAGCCGAAUAAAACACUCGUCGCCGGACUGGUACGUAACGGCGAGAAAUAUGUGCAUCGCGGUUAUGCUGGUGACAUAGAGACGGGUCCAUUUUGCACAUUUGGUCUCAACACCGCUGAUAAGCAAAUGAUGAACUCUGUGCAUGGCGAUAAUGACUAUCGUGCCACGGACAUUACCGAACGCAAUCUGCUGGAAUACUUUCACGAAUUGCAAACUUGUGCCGCUUACAAGCAUGAUCGUAAAAUUUCACGUAAAUAUGGUUCGGUUAAGUUGCUAAUGGGCGAGCGGCUCACAUUUGAUGAAUGCGAUGUGGAUGCCAUGCGCGAGUAUGGUAAACCGUGGAUUCAGAUGGAACAGUGCAAGAUAUUUUUCCUCUCGGCCGAUGAUAUUUUCACGCUGCAAGACGUGAAUGCCAAUGAAAACUGGCGCAACUUCUUCGAUGUGGUUUUUGUGGGACAUAAUUACUUUCCAUUUUUGAAGAGUAAUUUCGCCGAAGUGCUGCGCGCUAAUGCGUUGCUCAUUUUGGAGAGUAAACUGUUGACUGUAGCGCGUAAAGAGGUGGUGCACGAAUUCGAAGACAAAUUGAAGUCAUAUGCGAAGUUGUUAAAUUUAACGCCGGUGAUCAAUUAUAAUGCCUUGAAUUUGAAAAACAGCAUUUUGAGAUAUAAGAAAAUCAUCGAAGUGGAGAAAGAGCUGAAAACGGGAAUUAAAUAGUUCAAAUGAACAUUUUUUUAAAACCUCUAGUUACUACUUUGCAAUCAUUUUUACAGCCAAUCAUUUCGUUUCAAUUAAAUAUGUAUAUUUUUUAAACUAAAAACUUACAAAAAUGUAA